CGGGGCAGGGACGGGCCCGGGCCAGAGGCGCAGUCAGAGGGAGAACACCAGGCGCGGCGCGGGCGGCUCCGACUCCGGCCCAGAGAGACGCGAUGGCGAGCAGCGACAGCAACCACGCCACCGACAGCUUCCUCGGCUCCGAUAGGGAGGAGGAGGCAGCCAAGGAGCUGGAGACUGAGGAGGAGUCGGAGGGUGAGGAGGAUGAGACUGCAGUGGAGUCGGAGGAGGAGCCCGACGCCAGGUUAUCAGACCAGGAUGAAAAGGGCAAGACCAAGCAAGAGUGUAUCAUAUCUGACCCCUCCUUUUCCAUGGUGACAGUUCAACGGGAAGAUAGUGGAAUAACUUGGGAGACCAAUUCAAGUAGAUCUUCCACUCCUUGGGCCUCGGAAGAAAGACAGACAUCUGGUGUAUGUAGCCUGGAAGGAUCAACUGUGAAUUCUCCUCCAGGAAAUGUUUCCUUUAUUGUGGAUGAAGUUAAAAAGGUUCGGAAAAGAACUCAUAAGUCAAAGCAUGGGUCACCAUCAUUGCGUCGGAAAGGCAACAAAAAAAGAAAUUCUUUAGAAUCUCAAGAUGUUCCAGCAAGUAAAAAGGACAAUCCUUUAAUUUCAGAAAGCCAGGCACUAAACACCGAGAAAGAAAAGCUAUCUUCUGGCAUUUAUGAUAAGACAAGAAAAAAGAAAACCACCUCAAAUACACCUCCUAUUACUGGGGCAAUAUACAAAGAACACAAGCCCUUAGUGUUAAGGCCAGUCUACAUAGGAACAGUACAAUAUAAAAUUAAGAUGUUUAAUUCGGUUAAAGAAGAAUUAAUUCCUCUACAAUUUUAUGGAACAUUGCCAAAGGGUUAUGUAAUUAAAGAAAUCCAUUACCGCAAAGGGAAAGAUGCAUCUAUUAGUCUAGAGCCAGAUUUUGACAAUCGUGAUUCUAACAUAGUUUCUAAAACAGGCAAAUUAGUAACCCAAAGCAUAGCUGAGGAUAGAGUAAAAGAACUUGCUCCACCCUGGAGAAGUGCCCUCUCUAAAGGAUCAAAGUCCCUGACUUCCUUGUUCAGUUAUGAAGAUCAAAAGAAAAUUUACAGUGAUUCCCUUCAAAAUGCCACAUCUGUAAGGGAGCACACAGAUUCCUCUUAUUCAAGUAAUGAUACAGCAGAGAGAGAAGUACAGUGCAGGCCUCUACAAUCAGUGCCACAAUGGCCAAGCGAUGAAGCAAAGCCCCUAGUGGAGCCUUCCUCUCUUCCACUUGGUAUAUCUGCAAGUAUGUUCCUGGAAACAGCAAAGGAAGAAUUUGAGCCUGAUUCACAAGAACCCAUAGUUUCAGAGAACAAUGCUUCAGUUUCACCAGUUUUAGUGGAUGAGGUGAAAGAGGAAAACAUGGAUUCUACUGACCAUUCCAUUUCAGUGGAGACAGUGAAGGAUUCUCUGGAGACAAGCUCACUAGGUCUGGCACCAUCUAUCCAGGAAGGUUUUGAGCCAAACAAGGAAGAUCUAGACUUGACUUCACUAGAAAGGUCAGAACCAGUCUCUGAACGACUGACCCCUCCUCUUCCCAGCUUCCAAGAAGAAAAGGAAGACCAUGUGCCUGAGCCAUCCAUGUCAACUCCAGAACCUGUAGUGCUACAAGAACCAGAGAAAGAAGAAAUAGAAACUUCUCUGCCAAUAGCAGCUAUCCCUGAACCUGAAGAUUCUGAUUUAGCAGAAGAGAUUAUAGAACUUGACUACCCAGAAAGUCCAGUUGUUUCUGAGAAGUCCUUCCCACCACAUUUGUCCCCUGAAGUGGAGCACAAAGAAGAGGAGCACAAAGAAGAGGAGCCCAUUCUACCAUUACUGGUAACAGCAGCACCUGAAUAUGUCACUUUGUCUGAGGAAGAAAGAGAAGAACAUGAGUCUGUUUCCACUGAUUCUGCUUUUGUGUCGGAGUAUUCAAUCCCACAGGAUUUGAACCAUGAACUAGAGAGGCAAGGAGAUGAGCCAGUUUCUCCAUCCAGUGUAAAAGCCAUAUCUGAACAUGAAGUCUUGUCAGAAGAAGAGAAUGAGGCAUUUCAGCCUUAUUCCCCAACUUUGGACUCUGUGUCAGAGAGUUCUCUCUCGCCAUCCACAGCUGGGAUGACUUAUGAGUGCCAGGCCCCUCUGUUUUCAACAGUUACAUCAGAACACACAGUCCUAUCAGGAGAUGAGGCCUCAGAAAGUAGACAUCAUACACCAGAUUCCACAUCUGCUUCUGAAUAUUCAGUUCCAUCCCAUGCAACACAAGAGUCACUGAAGGAAACAGUUGACCACAAGUCUCCAUUAGAAUCAAAAGGUAUCUCUGAGCACACCAUUUUACCAGAAGAGAAGAAAGACACUGGACCAUAUUCCCCAGAUGUGUCCUGUGCAUCUGAAUGCUCUCUCCCAUCCCACACAGCCGAGAUGGCUUCUGAAGGCCAGGCCCCAUCACUUUCAGUCUCUCCAUCUGUGAUCCUAUCAGAAGAAGAGACAAUAGAAAUGCAGCGGUAUUCACCCUCUUCCACAUCUGCUUCUGAAUUUUCAGUACCCCCAUAUGCAACACCAGAGCCCCAGGAGGAAGAAAUUAUCAACAUAUCUCCUCUAAAUCUAAAAGGUGCUUCCUCACCCAUGAAUUUAUCAGAAAGAGAGCAAGAAGACAUUGGACCUUUUUCUCCAGAUUCUGCAUUUGCCUCAGAAUUCUCAUUUUCACCCUACACAACUCAGGAAGCAGAGAAAAGACAAUUCGAGCGUGAUUCUCCAAUGUGUUUAACAUCACCAUCUGAACACACUAUUUUGUCAGAUGAAGACACUGAAGAAACUGAACUUUUUUCUCCAGAUUCAGCAUCACAAGUUUCAAUCCCACCAUAUAGAAUCCCAGAAACAGAGGCAAAAGACAUUGAGCCAGAUUCACUAUUAACUGCAAUGUCUGCUUCAGGUUACUCUUCCUUUUCUGAAGCAGAUGAGGAAAAGAUUGGAUCAACAGCUGCUACACCUGUACCUGAGAAUUUUGACUCAUCACAGAAGCAAAAAGAUGAACCUUGCUCUUUCACAUCUGCAUCUGAAGAAUCGAGCCUGCCACCUUCAGCAAAUAGAGCAGGCGAAGCAGAAAUCAAUCCAGAUGAUCAAACAAUCUCAGCAUCUGUAUCUGAAUAUCUCAUUAUGGCACAGCAGUGGAAAACUCAAGCAUCUGUGCAGCCCGAGCUGGAAGAUUUGGUUCCACCAUAUUUAACCAGUGGAUUGGAGAGGGGAGAAAUUAAGACAAAUUUGUCAGCAGCUACAGUUCCUGCUUCUCCACCUGCACAGUCAUCCAUGGCAAAGGAAGAAACAAAACCUGUUUUGCCAGCAUCUCAGUGUUCGGUUUUACCUGACUCAGUCCAUGAAAUUAAGAAAGAACCGGAACCUCAAGCAUCACUCACUCUAAAGACUGCAGAUGAACAGAUGGCUUUGUCAAAAGUCAGAAAGGAAAAAACUGUGCCUGAUUCUCAAGAAGCUACAGCACAUGUAUCAGAGGAUCAAAAAUUGGAGCCUCAGCCUCCAAAUGUUCCAGAGUCUGGGAUGAAAUAUUCAGUUUUUCCUGACUUGGUAGAUGAGCCAAAGAAGGAUGUUAAACCCAAUUUAGCUUCAACUGUGACUUCUGAACUAGAACGGAGAAUGUUGUCAGAGAAUGAGCCUGAAGCAGUAAAACCAUCUUCACCUCUAAAAGAAACAUCUAUAUCUGGAUCGGAGGUUUUAUCUGGAGUGAAAACGGAAGUGAAACAUGAUUCCAAAAUAACAAGUACCACCAGAGAGCUUCAUUCAGCCUCAUCAGGAGUAGAAAAGGAAACUGAACAGGGUGCUCCCGCACCAGCAUUUUCAGCUUGGUCAAAAGAAAUGAAGAAAGAAACUGAACCCAACUCUUCAACAACCAUCACACCUAUAACUAAGCUUGAUUCAAAGUUGACCAAAUUGGUAAAAGAAGAAAUCCUGACAGAUUCAUCUCUUGCCACCCCUGUAGAAUAUCCAGUCUUAACAAAAUUAGGAGAAGGUGAAUUAGGAAGUGGUUUGCCACCAUGUGAAACGUCUGUAGAUGAGCAUUCAGUUCUUAAAGAAGAAAAGGUAGCAAUUAAAAGUGCUUCCUCUCUCACAGAAUCUUCUUUAUCCAAAGGCCUGGCUUGGUCAGAAGCAGAGAAGGAAAUUAAAUUAGAUACACCUCUAAGUGGAUCCUCUAUUGCAGAGCAUUCUAUUUUGUCAAAAGUUGAAACUCAGGAAGAUAAACCUGGGUUGCCAAUAUCCAAAAUGUCAUCUUCUCAGCUUUCAGAUGUAUCUAAGGAAGCGAGGGUAGAAGACUUACAAGAUCUCUCGUUGUCUACAGUCCUCGACUCUGAACAUUUGGUUUCAUCACAGAACAAAAACUCUGUGUCUGCCUUGGAUGGGUCAAGACCAGAACCUGUGCUUUCGCUGCACCUAGGUGGUGAGAUCAAGAAAGAAGCCAGACUUCCUUCACCACAAAAUGUGUCACCUGUGCCCAAACAUAUAGUCCCCAAAGGCGAAAAUGAGGAGACAAGUUCUCCCAAGUUUGAAAAUAUAGUGCCAGUAGAUGUAGCCUCAACAUUACUAACUCUCAAAGAGGAUGAGAACAAACAGGCAAGGGAGACAUCUUCUACAGCCCAGAGAGACUUCCUGCCAGGAAAACAAGAUCUGGCUCCAGCAGAGCUCCUUUUGGAGACUGAGAAGAGAGACGAGCCACACCAAUUAUCAGAAUUACCAGAUGCCAGGUCAGAAUUCACAGGUGGUUUAGGUAGGCAAAGUGAAUCCACAGGAACAGAACCAGUAAAAUCUCUUAUAACUGAAUCAGAAGAUUCUGUUUUCUUAGAAAAGAGUCUAGUUGAGCUUAGAAGCAGAGGAGAAGGAACUGAAAACAGGGAGCUUCAUGUGUCUGCUACAGAACCAUCAAAGAUUGCUUCUUUUGACUUCCUUGUAGAACAAAAGAAGCCUGAGAAAGCACUUCAUUCAGAUCAAGCUGUUAAAUUGCCUGAUGUGAGCAGCUCUUCUGCAGAUAAACCAGAUCUGGGUGUUAAACAGUCUUCAUUUAUGAAAGAGAAUUUGCCUUUGGAACAAUCAAAAUCAUUUAUGACAGCUGAGCCUCCUAAAAAAACAAAAAUGAAAGAGGCCCUAAUUUCUCCAAAGGAUGAUAACUGGAUGCUGGAAAAGCCAGAAAAGUUGGCCAGUCAACAAGAAGAAAGAAUAUUAGAAUCUGUGCAGCUGAAUUCCUCUGGCAGCAAUGAUCUUAUGACAGAACAGCCCAAGCCUGCCCCAUUGGAUAAGGAUCAUACAUAUGAAAUCGGGAAGCAGGUUCUGCCACAUUCUAUGGAAGAACCUCAUGUGUCUUCACAAGAAGGAGUAUCUACUCUAGAUACUUCCAGUGGUAAUAGAGAGACCUUAUUGACUACACCUUACUCAACUGAAGAAAUAAAGUUGGCCCAAGAACCCAAAUCUCUAGUUCCGGCUGAAAAUGUAGAGAAAAACAUAGCAGAGGGGAGACAGUUCUAUUCUUUCAUGGGGAGGGAAAGUUUGAUAUUGGAGAAAGCAAGCAUAGAAUUUUCCAGGUCUUGCAAAGAAGAUAUUCAGGAAAAAAUCAAAUCACCUCCUGAAAGAACCCUCCAGAAACCAGUGCCUGCCCCAUCUGUGGAACAGGUGAAGACAGAAACUAUCCCCUUUCCUGUCAAAGCAGACCAUUUCCCAGAAGAAGUCAGGGAACCUGCACCAGGCAGUGAAAAAGAAGCACGCAAGAGCCCACCUCCUUUACUUGGAGAGAAACCAUUAGAAGAAUCAAAAAUAGUUCAGCCAAAGAUUGUAGAUAAUGCUAGUGAGGAAAUUAAAGGAACACCUGAAGUGAAAAUACCUACUCAAAGAAAACCUGUCCCUUCAAUCCCAGUGAGUAAAGAAACUGAACUCCCAGAGACAUCCGAGGUGACACAAAAGCUUCCUGAGAAGCCAAAGGCAGUUGAACAAGGCCUUCCGGAAGCAAAGGAAAAGAAAGGCAUUUCAUCUUUCAAAUCAUGGAUGUCUAGUUUAUUUUUUGGAUCAAGCACUCCAGAUAAUAAAGUUGCUGGAAAAGAUUUAGAAACUCAGCCAAGUUCCUCUGUAGAAAAAGCAGUGACUGUUUUAGAACCUCAAGGUACAAUUCCUGCUGAUUUCAAUGCAACUGAGAAACCAACUGAUGAUUCAUUACCAGAGGUGACACUUAAAACUGCUGAAGAAUCGAGAGGUACCUUAGUUAAAUCUCGUGAAGGUCAAGACCUAAAAGAAAAAUCCACAUUUUUACCAAAGGUAGAAGUUUUACAACAGCCAAAACCCAACUCUGAGGUGUCUACUGAAGAUUACAGGAAGAAAGAGGUUUCGGACUAUUCAGAGGAAAUGGACAUAAACUUAAAUACUUCUGCUGAUGGUGAGGAACAUUUUGGAAUUCAAGCCUAUUCCCCCAUGUAUGAGAAAUCGGUUAUGGCAGAAGCCAAAAAUGUUCCUCUUCAUGUUACUGAGACUAAAAAAGAACAGAAGCCAGAAAUCUCGCCUCCAUCUAAGUGGAAUAUUUCUGUCCUUAGGGGAGAUCCAAGCAGUGAUCAAAAAGAAAAGUCACUCUUUUCAUUUGAUGUAGUAGAUAAGAUGCCACAACAGCCAAGAUCUGCUUCAUCUGACUUCACAAGUCAAAAUAUCACAAAGGAAUCAGAGAAGCCAGAGCCAAUAAUUGUGCCAGCAGAAGAAUCAAAAGGCAUUUUAAUUGAUCUUGGUGAGGACAGACUGAAGAAAGAAAUGCCAAAACCUACUUCCUUGAAAUGUUCUGAAGAGGAAAUGAAACUCAGGUCUGUUAGCCGAUUGGAAGAGAAAGAUAACUUAGAAAGCAGAUCACUUACCUUGGCAGAAAAGAAGGAGUUGGCAGAAAAGCAAGAAAGCGUGGCUCCCUUAGAGCUUAUAGAAAAUAAAGAAACAUGGGAGGUACCAAUGGUGCAUAAAUCUAGACCUAUAAAAUCAGAAGAAUCAAAAGCUGCUGUUAGACUAGAGCACAUCUAUCCAAAUGAAGACCACAAGGAAAGGUCCUCUGUUAUUGUUGGUUCUGAGGAGGAGAAAGGAGAAGAAAAAGUAAAGCAGGCACAAGUAUUACUAGAAGAAAAGAAGCAGCAGGAAAUUCAGCCUUAUUCUCUGAAUGUGGCCAAGUCUAUGCCUGAAGAAGCAGCUAUCUCUUUAGGUAAUUCCUUGGCUGAAACUCAACCGUUUUCAUUCAUCAAAGCAACAUCUGCUAUUGAAAAACCAGAAAGCAUACUCUCAGAGGCUCACCCAGAAAUCAGGGACAGAAAGACAGUAGAAACCCAACUAUGUCCAUUCGAAGACAGUGAAAUUUUGGUGGAGAAAACCAAGAGUUUCCGCCCCGUGGAUCUUCCUUAUCAGGAUGAAAUGGAUUUUCCUCCUCAGGAAGAAAACCUGGCAUUAGAAAAGUCAAGCAGGGACAUGACAGGUCACAAAGAGGAAAAGGGACAGUUCUCACUGUCAGAGCUACUUAAAGGUGGCUCAGUAGAUACCACAGAAGAAAGUAUGGAGCAAGGCUCUUCAUCUAAAGACUCUGAAAGGACUUUAGAGAGUCCUUCUGAAGAAACAAGGAGCUUAGAAAAACCGCCAUAUUUGCUCUCAUCUGUAAAAGCACAAACUCUUGUUUCAGAAGCUUCUCCAGAAAUUAGCACAGUGAAGAAACAGGAAAUUCCAUGGUCAGAAUUGACUCCAGAGAGGCCCACAGUUCACACUAUUCAAACAUCUAAAGAUCACCCAGCCCAGGUGCCUAAACAAUCUGUUCUUGUUUCAAGGGGUCACUUGGAGACUGUGGAGGAUACUCCUGUAAAUGUACCACUCUCUUCACCGAGAAGUAACUAUGCUCAAUUUAUAAUGAAUGCAACAACAACCAAUGCUGAUCAAGUGGCCUCUACUAAAGAAAUGUCCAAUGAACCUGAAGACAUAUAUGCAAAAGAUGAAGAAUUGACAGUAACUAGUAAGCCAGCUGGGCUUUCAGAAGAUCAGAAGAGUGCCUUUAGUAUCAUUUCCGAAGGCUGUGAGAUACUGAAUAUCCAUGCCCCUGCAUUUAUUCCUUCAGUGGAUCAGGAAGAAAGUGAACAAAUGCAAGAUAGGUUAGAAUAUUUGGAAGAGAAGCCCUCACUCAAAACCAUAUCCCUCCAUGAUGAGAGUGAGGCAGUUGCUCACCAUGAAACAUUAAGGAGCAGGUUAGAAGAUUCUGAUGGGAAAGUUACAUCAUUGAAAGAAAAUGAACAAAAAGAAACUCAUAAAACAAAAGAGGCAAUAUCCACAGAUUCAGAAACUGGUGAUUUAGCUUUUAUUCAACCCAAAAUUCCCAGUGAAGAGGAUUAUUUUGAAAAAUACACUUUGAUUGAUUAUAACAUCUCCCCAGACCCAGAAAAACAGAAAGCUCCACAGAAACUAACUGUUGAACAGAAACUGUCAAAGGAACCUACAGGAGAAUCUCUCUCUUUUCCAGGAAGUUCACAGGAAAGUGCCCCAGAAUAUGAUUUGGUGAAAUUAGAUGAAAGUUUUUAUGGCCCGGAAAAGGACCACAGCAAAUUAUCUCAUCCAGAAAUGCAAAAGUCUUCAGUUAUCCAAAAACCAGCUGGUGGGAAUGUUUCAAAGGACAUAAAUAGAGAUGUGGACUCCAGGUCACCUGGGGUUCCUUUAUUUGGUGAAGAGGAAGGAGUUUUGUCAAGAACCCAGAUAUUUCCUACCACUGCCAAAGCCGUUAAUCCUGAGCUUCUGGAGGAACCACCUGCACUUGCAUUUUUAUAUAAGGAUCUUUACGAAGAGGCAGUUGGAGAGAAAAAGAAAGAAGGGGAGACAGCUUCUGAAGGUGACAGUGUGAAGUCUGAGGCAUCAUUUCCAAGCAGAAAUUCUGACACUGAUGAUGGCACAGGAAUAUAUUUUGAGAAGUACAUACUCAAAGAUGACAUUCUCCAUGACACAUCUGUAACUCCAAAGGACCAAGGCCAAGGUCUGGAAGAAAAACCAGUUGGUAAGGAUGAUUCAUACCAACUGAGAGCUUCAGAAGGGGAAAUUGGGGGAAAGUCUGGAACUAUUUUAGGGGAGAAGAGUCUGGAAGAAGAUAGGAAGGCUGUUUAUAGGGAAGAAGAAACAGUAGACCUUGUGGUAGCCCUUGAUGAUGUAGCGAUGCAGAGCAAAGCUCCUGUCACUGAGGAAGUCAGAGUGGUUACCCAGAAGAUAAGCUAUGCAGUUCCAUUUGAAGAUACCCAUCAUGUUCUGGAGAGUGUAGAUGAGCUGAGCAGUCAGGGUAAUGAGGCAGGAAAUGCAAGUGCAGGGGUCAGUCUGAAUGUUCCAAUACAAGUGUCCUUCCCAGAGGAAGAAUGUGCAUCUGGCACAACUUAUGUUCAAGAAACACUACAGGAAGAACCUAAAGUACAGGUCCCACCUGAGCCAUGUGAAGAGAGACCCCGUGGUAGUCCUGUGCAGGAUGAGUAUGACUUUGCUGAAUCCCUCAGUUAUGAAGUGGUUAGUCAAGAUGUUUUAUCAGAAGAACUGUAUGCAGAAUCCACACCUGGAGAUGUGUUAUCUCAAGGAAAGGAAUCAUUAGAACACAUCGGGAAAUGUGAAUUUGUUAGUGAGGUGGAACAAAGUAUGUCUGCUGAACAGAAAGAGUUGGGCAGAGAGGGAAGAGAACAAGAACAGUUAUCAUCAGAUUUAGUAACUGAGAAGGCACAAAAGGAAGCAAAGAAGUCCCAGAUUGACUCAUAUUGCUACACCUGCAAAAGCCCAAUUUCUGCAAUGGACAAGGUUUUUGGCACCCACAAAGACCAUGAGGUUUCAACUCUAGAUACAGCUAUAAGUGCUGUUAAAGUUCAGUUGGCAGAAUUUCUUGAAAAUUUACAAGAGAAGUCCUUGAGGAUAGAAGCCUUUGUUAGUGAGAUAGAAUCCUUUUUUAAUACUGUUGAGGAAAACUGUAACAAGAAUGAGAAAAGACUAGAAGAACAGAAUGAGGAAAUGAUGAAGAAGGUUUUGGCACAGUAUGAUGAGAAAGCCCAGAGCUUUGAGGAAGUAAAGAAAAAGAAGAUGGAGUUCCUGCAUGACCAGAUGGUCCACUUUCUGCAGAGCAUGGACACUGCCAAGGACACCCUAGAGACCAUUGUGAGGGAAGCAGAGGAGCUGGAUGAGACUGUUUUCCUGACAUCAUUUGAGGAAAUCAAUGAAAGGUUGCUUUCUGCCGUAGAGAGCACAGCUUCAUUAGAGAACAUUCCUGCUGCGUUUUCACUUUUUGAACAUUAUGAUGACAGUUCAGCAAGGAGUGACCAGAUGUUAAAGCAAGUGGCUGUUCCACAGCCUCCUAGACUAGAACCUCAGGAACCAAAUUCUGCCACCAGCACCACGAUUGCAGUUUAUUGGAGCAUGAACAAGGAAGAUGUCAUUGAUUCAUUCCAGGUGUACUGCAUGGAGGAGCCUCAAGAUGACCAAGAAGUGAACGAGUUGGUAGAAGAAUACAGAUUGACAGUGAAAGAAAGCUACUGCAUUUUUGAAGAUUUGGAACCUGACCGGUGCUAUAAAGUCUGGGUAAUGGCUGUGAACUUCACUGGAUGUAGCCUACCCAGUGAAAGAGCAAUUUUUAGAACAGCACCCUCAACCCCUGUUAUUCGGGCUGAGGAUUGCACUGUAUGUUGGAACACGGCUACAAUCCGAUGGCGGCCUGCCAACCCAGAGGCCACGGAGACCUACACUCUGGAGUACUGCAGACAGCACUCUCCUGAAGGCGAGGGCCUCAGAUCCUUCUCUGGAAUUAAAGGACUGCAGUUAAAGGUUAACCUCCAACCCAAUGACAAUUACUUUUUCUACGUGAGAGCCAUCAAUGCAUUUGGGACAAGUGAACAGAGUGAAGCUGCUCUCGUCUCCACCAGAGGAACCAGAUUUCUCUUGUUGAGAGAAACAGCUCAUCCUGCCCUGCAGAUUUCCUCCAAUGGGACAGUGAUCAGCUUCACUGAGAGGAGACGGCUAAGAGAAGUCCCCUCAGUGCUGGGUGAGGAGCUGCCUGCCUGUGGUCAACAUUACUGGGAAACCACAGUCACAGACUGCCCAGCAUAUCGACUUGGCAUCUGUUCCAGUUCAGCUGUGCGGGCUGGGGCUCUGGGACAAGGGGAGACCUCAUGGUACAUGCACUGCUCUGAGCCACAGAGGUACACAUUUUUCUACAGUGGAAUUGUGAGUGAUGUUCAUGUGACAGAACAUCCAGCCAGAGUGGGCAUUCUGCUAGACUACAACAACCAGAGACUUCUAUUCAUAAAUGCUGAGAGUGGACAGUUGCUUUUUAUUGUGAGGCACAGGUUUAAUGAGGGUGUUCACCCUGCCUUUGCCCUGGAGAAACCUGGAAAAUGUACUUUGCAUCUGGGGAUAGAGCCCCCGGAUUCUGUAAGGCAUAAGUGAUCCUUGGCUUUCAGAAUUUGCAAGAGCAAGAAUUCAAAUGAGGGGGGGGGCUGUUGUUCUUUCUCUUGGGUGCUACACAUUAUUGCAAAUUCUCCCACACAUUCACAUUAAUGAUAUCUACAUGCACAGCAAUCAGCAUGUGAGAACACUCACCAGGAACACCUUGACUUUAUACAGCAGUAUGUGAGUAAAGAGGAUGAAUUAAAACAACCCCCAACCUUUUGUUCACAGGUUUGAGUUUUUCCUAACUUAAAAGGGUUUUCACUAGACCUGGGAACCAAAAUAGAGAAGUGGAAUUCCACUUGUGUUAUUGGUGAAAGUAAUGCUCUGACAGACAGGUCAAAUCAGAGAUAAGGUUGUGCUAUUGACACGUCUCUGACAAAAGUAUGGCUUUUUCCACAAGAAAAUGUCACCUUGCUUCACUAAAGGAUGAUGAAUCCUAAUCAUUAGAAAAGGUGUUAUAGCUGUUCUAAAUUUAUAAUGAACUCUUUUUUUUUUGUAAUAUUGUAUACAGUAGAAUGUGAGUCUCAUUUCCCUGGAAUUUUAAGUGUAGAAAAGUGCAAGAUAUUAGAAAAUUUCAUUUUGUUAAAUAAAUGUUUAGACUCUUAUA